CCUUAUUGCAUCAUUUCAUUUCGCGUUUGGGUGUUCUAACUCGCGCAGAAAAUGAAAAGCCCUCUCUUCAGUCUAUAACUUGCAUUCCAAAAUGAGCAUUUAAAGGUGAUUGUCAUUUGGAAUUGGUUAAAACCUCUUUUAUCGCCGGUUUUGAUGUUUCAGUAUUGCCACGCAAAGGGUCAUUGAUAAUAAUAUCUUCAGUUGUUAAUCGUGUGCAUCAGCAUUGAGAAAUAAAAAUGUGUGGAAUUUGGGCAAUUUUCGGUGUAGAAAACCCACCGAAAUUUUGCGCAUGUACUUUUCCUAAAAUUGGACACAGAGGACCCGAUGCUUUUCGCAUAGAAUGCGAUAGGAUACUGAAGAAUUCUUGCCUUGGAUUCCACCGUCUUGCCAUUGUCGAUCCAAUAUGGGGUAUGCAACCCCUAAGAUUGCACCUAUACCCACACAUAAUGCUGAUAUGCAACGGAGAAAUAUACAAUUACAAAUCCUUAAAAGAAGAAUUCGACUUCAAAUAUGAAACUGCAGUAGACGUCGAGUCAAUAGUCCAUCUGUAUGAAACAUUUGGAAUCGAGGGUGUUGUUAAGAACUUAGAUGGAGUCUUCGCAUUCUGUUUGGUGGACCUCAAAAAGAAGAAAAUCUUUUUGGCCAGAGAUCCUUAUGGAGUUAGACCUUUAUUCAAAUUGAUCAGCAAAUCUGGCGUUCUUGGUAUUUGCUCCGAAGCUAAAGGUUUGGUUGACGUGGAACACGACCUUAAUGGUGAAGAAAAAUCAUUAGCUCCUUUUAAACCUGGAACCUUCGAGGAGUAUCAAGUUUUGGAUAGUGGCAAAGUUAAAUUAAUUCAACAAUCCAAUUUUCAUAAGCCUGGGGAUAAACCUAGUUUCAAAACAUAUGUGCCAUACGAGAGUUUAGCUAAUAAUGAUGUCCUCAGCAACAUAAGAACUUUACUGACUGCAGCCGUUAAGAAAAGACUGAUGGCAGAUAGAAGAAUUGGUUGUCUCUUAUCUGGAGGUCUCGAUUCUUCUCUUAUUGCUUCUCUUUUAGUUAGAGAAGCCAAAAAAGCAAACAUUCCUUACAAAGUACAGUCUUUUGCAAUUGGUAUGGGAGACAGUCCAGACUUGAAAGCAGCCAGAAAAGUGGCUGACUUCAUAGGAACCGAACACCAUGAGAUCACUUUCACUGAAGAGGACGUAGAAAAAGUUUUAGACGAUGUAAUUUACACACUGGAAACUCCGGAUAUAACAACAAUUAGGGCAUCAAUUCCAAUGUACCUUCUCGCAAAAUACAUUCAGGAAAACACUGAUACUACAGUUAUCCUUAGCGGCGAAGGAGCAGAUGAAGUUGCUCAAGGGUAUAUUUAUUUCAGGGAUGCACCAGAUGCAUCUAGUGCGCAUAAAGAAAGUUUAAGACUUCUGAGUGAAAUUUAUAUGUUUGAUGGUCUUAGGGCGGAUAGGACGACAUCAUCACAAAGUUUGGAGCUCAGAGUGCCAUUUUUGGAUUUACAAUUCACAAACUACUACCUGAGUACAGAAGAACAUUCAAGGCAACCUAAGGACAAAUCCAUAGAAAAGUAUCUGCUUCGAUCAGCCUUUGACAGUGACAACUUAUUACCCCAUGAUAUACUUUGGAGGCAUAAAGAAGCUUUCAGUGACGGCGUUGCUUCUCAGAAGAAAUCAUUAUUCGUAAUUCUUCAAGAAAUUGUAGAUAAGAGAAUGAGCGAGAAAUACGAUAAAAAUUCUGCAGCAGAAAAAUACCCACAUUGUACCCCAACUACCAAGGAAUCUCUUUAUUAUAGAAAAAUUUUCGAGAAGAGUUUUGAGAACUUAGCAGAUAACUUUUUACCAUAUUACUGGAUGCCUAGAUGGGUUAAAGGAGUCACAGAUCCAUCUGCCAGAUUUAUACAGCAUUAUGAUGCCAAGGAGUGAAACAUUAAACAAAAAAUUAAAUUAUCA